CUGAGCAGCGCGGGCCGAGGCGGAGCUCCGUACUUCCUCCUCCGGGCUCCAUCACGGGUUGGAAACACUUCAAUGGUGGUUCGGGCUCGGCGCUGCUGCUGCUGCUGCUGCUGCUGCUGGAAGGCGGACGGAUAGCUCCCUCGCCUCUUUAUUAGUGUUAUUAUUAUUAUUUUUAAUAUUAUUUCCCCUUCAGGUACUAAUUCUCCCUCUUCUGGGGACUUUUCUCCGUAUCAUGGCCGCUUUGGUCGACUGGUUUUGGGACGAGAGGUUCUGGCUUCCUCACAAUGUAACUUGGGCGGACUUGGCGGAUCCUGCGCCCGGGGUGGAGUACCCUAAAGCCGGCCACUUGCUCAGAGCUUUGCCCUUGGCCUUGGGGAUCUUCGUCGUAAGGAUAUUCUUUGAAAGGUUUAUAGCAGGACCCUGCGCAAACAUCCUACAGAUCCAGAGUGAGGUGAUCCGGAGAGCCCAGCCAAACGCCAUCCUAGAAAAAGUGUUUACAUCAGAAACAAAGUCCCCAGACUCACGUAAGCUGGAUGGGCUUUCCAAGCAGUUGGACUGGGACGUGCGAAAGAUCCAGCGAUGGUUCCGACACCGGCGGAACCAAGAUAAGCCCAGCACAAGAACCAAGUUCUGCGAGAGCAUGUGGAGGUUUACGUUUUAUCUGUGUAUAUUUACCUAUGGGUUCUGCUUCCUGUGGCAGUCUCCCUGGAUGUGGGACACGCGGCAGUGCUGGUAUAAUUACCCAUAUCAGGUGCUCACUCCUGGUCUGUAUCACUACUAUGUGACAGAACUGGCCUUCUACUGGUCUCUAAUGUUCUCCCAGUUUACAGACAUCAAAAGAAAAGACUUUCUUAUCAUGUUUGUACAUCAUCUGGCCACAGUCAGCCUGAUCAGCUUCUCAUACGCAAACAACAUGGUGCGGGUGGGCAGCCUCGUCCUGUGCGUUCACGACACGUCCGACUUCCUCUUAGAGGCUGCCAAGUUGGCGAACUAUGCCAAAUACCAGCGUCUGUGUGACUUCCUGUUUGUGGUGUUUGGUGCAGCUUUCUUUGGAACCAGGCUGAUCAUUUACCCUUUCUGGAUUCUGAACAGUACGAUGUUUGAGAGUUGGGAGAUCGUCGGGCCGUACGCCUCCUGGUGGGUCUUUAAUCCGCUGCUGCUGGUGCUGCAGGUUCUGCACAUCAUCUGGUCCUACCUCAUCGCCCGCAUCGCCUUCAAAGCCCUGAUGAGGGGAAAGGUCUCUAAAGACGUCCGCAGUGAUAUCGAGAGCAGCUCAGAAGAAGAAACUGAAACGAACCAAAGUCACUCAGCUUCACCCAAACGAGAGAACGGCACCAACGGCCAUUUCAGCUCCAGACCCUGGACCCAGAAGAACGACAGCUUGUGACCCGGCCCGACCGGACCGGACCUCCCUGCCCAGAACCGCCGUCUCCAGAUUCCCUCAAUCAGACGUUCCUUCAUCAUGUUUCCCCCAAACCUUAAAUUAUCGAGGGAAGCCUGAGACUGUGCUCAUUUCCACUACACACUCUGAGCUGACUUUAUUUAAGCCGUGUUAUGGUGAAGAUUAUGAUGAUGGCUUUAUGGACACUGACGCUUAAUGUGUGAAAUAAAUAAUAAUAAUAAUAAUAAAAAGAGAAAAACAAAAAAUAAAUAAAACACAACCAAACGGGACGAAACGUGAGAUUAAACAAGUGAUUUUUUAUUCCCUUGUUUCAGAAAGAAAGAAGUGAAAGUGCGCUCACUGUCUUCCUAAAGCUUCACGUUUUACUGAAGUUAGAGAAGAAGAAGUCCUCUCCCACUCCUGUUUUAUUCCUCAGUCUGAUGUACUUGAGCUUGUUUUGUAUUUCACUGUUCAGUUCACUGUUUUUGUUUUUUUUUCUUUUGCCUGUUCUGUUUUUUUUGUUUUCAGUCGAUAUUUUUAUGUGAGACCAAAUAAGUUUAUUAAAAUAUGAUUGAUUGCGUCACACUGUAAAGAAAGAUUUGGUCGUAAAA